AGGAGGACCUCAGGAAGGAAAUGAUGGACUUCAGGAAGAUGCUGAAAAAGAGGUCCCCACCUCCAGCUCCUGAAAAAAAGAUAGAGUCAGAGCAGGUGUGGCAGCUGCUGAUGAAUGCAGACCGGAAGGACUACGAGAAGAUCUGCUUGAAGUAUGGAAUUGUGGACUUCCGGGGGAUGCUGCGUAAGCUGCAGGAGAUGAAGAAGGAGCAGGAGGACGAGAUGGCAAAGUAUGUCAGCGCCAUCUCCAACUUGAGACACAUCAGGGUCACCAAGGAGGGAGUUGCCACGUUUGACCUGGAGCUCGAUCUGAAGGACCUUGAGAGCAAGAUUCACUUGUACAAGGAUGGUGAAAUGGUCCCCUAUGGCUUCAAUAACCAGACCAAGCACUGUCUGCGGCGGUUGGGGAAACGGUACCACUUCCAGGUCCAGGACCUCUGCCCAGAGGAUGCUGGCCUUUACCAGGUCAAGGUGGAGGACACUGUGGUCUUCUCCACAGAACUGGAGGCUGGUGCCAUCCCCCCCAGAGUCGUGGUCCCGCUGGCCGAGGCCCACUGUGAGGAGCAGGGAGAUGCAGCAUUCGAAUGCACUCUCUCCAAACCCUGCCCCGAUGCUACCUGGUAUUUCCAGCACAGGCCUCUCAGGCUCACUGACAAAUAUGAAGCGAUUGUGUCACCUGAUGGGCUGACCCAUCGGCUGCUGGUGAAGGGGGCCCGCCUCUCAGACAGGGGCCUCUACUCUCUGGGCACGGGGCUCCACACCUCCAGUGCCUGGCUGGUGAUUGAAGGACCCAGGGCCCACUUCUCUCAGGGCCUGGCUGACAUGGAGGUGCGGCAGGGUGAGGCUACCACAUUCUCCUGUACCCUCACCAAUGACCUGGGACCCGGUGCCUGGUUUAAAGAUGGAGUCAAGCUCACCACCCAGGAUGGCAUCAUCACACAGCAAGAUGGGCUUGUGCACAGACUCCACAUUGCCCAUGUGCAGGGGCCCCAGGCUGGGAAGUACACAUUUGUGGCGGGCAACCAGCAGACCGAGGCCACCCUGACCAUCCAGGAUCCCCCCACCAUACCUCCUGAUGUGACAGAGAAACUGAGGGAGCCGCUGGUGGUCAAGGCUGGACAGCCAGUGACAGUGAAGAUCCCCUUCCAGAGUCGCCUCCCUACUCAGGCUACCUGGAGGAAGGAUGGGGUCGAGGUGGUGGGCAGCAGUUGCAGGGGGGCCCGGGUGGUCCUGGGAGAUGGCUGCACACGGCUAUGCCUACCCAGUGCCACCAGGAAGGACAGUGGCCCAUACAGCGUGACACUGAGGAGCAAGGGAGGCUCUGUGCAGGUGGAUGUCAUCCUGCAAGUCAUAGACAAGCCUCAGCCCCCACAGGGCCCGCUAGAGGUGCAGCACUACCGCAGGGCCGGUGUCUGCCUCUGCUGGAGACCUCCAAAGGAAGACGGGGGCCUGACCGUGGAGCGCUACAUGGUGGAGAGGAGACAGGCUGGCAGGAGCACUUGGCUGACCGUGGGCGAGGUCCCCCCAGACCACACUACCUUCACGGAUGUCAGCGUGGAGCAGGGCCGGAAGUACACCUACCGUGUGCGGGCUGUGACCUCAGAGGGGCCCGGGGAGGCCCUGGAGUCCGAGGAGGUGCUGGUGGCUCCUGAGGACCUCCCAGGGCUCCCUUCCCCCCCAGCUAUUUUGUCAGCUUCUAGCCAGGGAAUCACUAUAACAUGGACAGCACCCCGGAGCCGUGGCAGUGGCCACAUCCUGGGUUACCUGAUGGAGAAGUGUAAGAAGGGGAGCAACACCUGGACAGCUGUGAAUGACCAGCUCGUGCCUGUCUGUCCUAGGUUCCUCGUGGACUCCAGCACAAAGGACUCGCUGACAGUCAGAGCCGGGGACACCCUUCGCGUGCCUGUCUCCUUCGAAGCUGCCUCCAUGCCGGAGGUGACCUGGCUGAAGGACGGCCUGCCCUUGCCCAGAAGAAGUGUGACUACCACCCAGGAUGGCUUCACACAGCUUCUGAUUCCCACUGCCAACCUCUCAGACAGCGGCCGCUACGCUGUGGUGCUGAGGGACUCUCAGGGGAAGGAGUCCACCCACAGUUUCCUCGUCAGGGUGGCAGCAAGGCCACAGGCCCCUGGGCCCAUCCACCUGCAGGAGAAUGUGCCCGGGACGGUGACAGUGCAGUGGGAGCCCUCUCCAGACGAGGCCCAGGGAGUCCCCCUGCACUACACGGUCCUGACGCAUUCCUCGUCACACGGCUCCUGGCAGGAGGUGGCUGACCGCGUCCACACCAACCGCUUCACUCUUCUGGGCGUCCUCCCUGGCCGCGAGUACCACUUCCGGGUGAUGGCCAAGAGCGAGCUGGGUGCCAGCACACCCUCAGACACCACCCAGCCCUGGUGCCUCCCUCGGCAGAGAGACAGGCUCACGGUGGAGCCGCAGUGCCAGCGGGACCCGGAUCUGAGCCAGAAGCCCCGGUUCUUGGUCGGCCUUCGGACGCACCUGCUGCCCCGGGGCUGCGAGUGCCGCAUGACCUGCGCCGUGCAGGGCUCUCCCCGGCCCCACGUCACCUGGUUCAAGAACAACCAGAGCCUGCAGGGACACGAGGCGGCGUACAGCACUGACACGCUGGGCGUGUGCUCCCUCGUCAUCCCCAGCGUCUCCCCUGAGGACGGGGGCGAGUACAAGGUGGUGGCCGAGAACCCGCUGGGCCAGGCAGUCAGCACUGCCACCCUCAUUGUCCUAGGUAACCCGGCUGGGCCGAGCAGGCGGGGGCAGGGAAACCAUGAGCCACUCCUGACUCCUGGGGAAGGGCGGCUUCCCACGGGCCUCAGCAUGGGAGAGGAGUGGCUUUCUGCUCAUAAACGUGCCCAGAUGUGGACAUGUAGCGCCCGGAGAGCCGAGCUGGUGGGCUUCUUUUCAAUAAGGUAA